AUGUACAGUCAAAGAGGUCGAGACAGUGAUCGGUCGCUGACUAGAGGACGAAACAGUGAUCGGUCGCUGACUAGAGGUCGAGACAGUGAUCGGUCGCUGACAAGAGGACGAGACAGUGAUCGGUCGCUGACUAGAGGUCGAGACAGUGAUCGGUCGCUGACUAGAGGACGAAACAGUGAUCGGUCGCUGACUAGAGGUCGAGACAGUGAUCGGUCGCUGACUAGAGGACGAAACAGUGAUCGGUCGCUGACUAGAGGUCGAGACAGUGAUCGGUCGCUUACUAGAGGACGAGACAGUGAUCGGUCACUGACUAGAGAACGAGACAGUGAUCGGUCGCUGACUAGAGGACGAAACAGUGAUCGGUCGCUGACUAGAGGUCGAGACAGUGAUCCAUCGCUGACUAGGGGACGAAAUAGUGUUCCAUCGCUGACUAGAGGACGAGACAGUGAUCCAUCGCUGACUAGAGGACGAGACAGUGAUCGGUCGCUGACUAGAGGUCGAGACAGUGAUAGGACGCUGACUAGAGAACGAGACAGUGAUCGGUCACUGAUUAAAGGACGAGACAGUGAUCGGUCCCUGACUAGAGGACGAGACAGUGAUCCAUCGCUGACUAGAGGACGACACAGUGAUCCAUCGCUGACUAGAGGACGAGACAGUGAUCCAUCGCUGACUAGAGGACGAGACAGUGAUCCAUCGCUGACUAGAGGACGAGACAGUGAUCGGUCGCUGACUAGAGGUCGAGACAGUGAUCGGUCCCUGACUAGAGGACGAGACAGUGAUCCAUCGCUGACUAGAGGACGACACAGUGAUCGGUCGCUGACUAGAGGACGAGACAGUGAUCCAUCGCUGACUAGAGGACGAGACAGUGAUCGGUCGCUGACUAGAGGUCGAGACAGUGAUCGGUCGCUUACUAGAGGACGAGACAGUGUUCGGUCGCUGACCAGAGGUCGAGACAGUGAUCGGUCGCUGACUAGAGAACGAGACAGUGAUAGAACGCUGACUAGAAGACAAGACAGUAAUCGGUCGCUGACUAGAGGUCGAGACAGUGAUCGGUCACUGACUAGAGAACGAGACAGUGAUCGGUCGCUGACUAGAAGACGAAACAGUGAUCGGUCGCUGACUAGAGGUCGAGACAGUGAUCCAUCGCUGACUAGGGGACGAAAUAGUGUUCCAUCGCUGACUAGAGGACGAGACAGUGAUCCAUCGCUGACUAGAGGACGAGACAGUGAUCGGUCGCUGACUAGAGGUCGAGACAGUGAUAGGACGCUGACUAGAGAACAAGACAGUGAUCGGUCACUGAUUAGAGGACGAGACAGUGAUCCAUCGCUGACUAGAGGACGAGACAGUGAUCCAUCGCUGACUAGAGGACGGGACAGUGAUCCAUCGCUGACUAGAGGACGAGACAGUGAUCGGUCCCUGACUAGAGGUCGAGACAGUGAUCGGUCGCUGACUAGAGGACGAGACAGUGAUCCCUCGCUGACUAGAGGACGACACAGUGAUCGGUCGCUGACUAGAGGACGAGACAGUGAUCAAUCGCUGACUAGAGGACGAGACAGUGAUCGGUCGCUGACUAGAGGACGAGACAGUGAUCCCUCGCUGACUAGAGGACGACACAGUGAUCGGUCGCUGACUAGAGGACGAGACAGUGAUCAAUCGCUGACUAGAGGACGAGACAGUGAUCGGUCGCUGACUAGAGGACGAGACAGUGAUCCAUCGCUGACUAGAAGACGAGACAGUGAUCGGUUGCUGACUAGAGGACGAGACAGUGAUCCAUCGCUGACUAGAGGACGAGACAGUGAUCGGUCGCUGACUAGAGGACGAGACAGUGAUCCAUCGCUGACUAGAGGACGAGACAGUGAUCGGUCGCUGACUAGAGGUCGAGACAGUGAUAGGACGCUGACUAGAGAACGAGACAGUGAUCGGUCACUGAUUAGAGGACGAGACAGUGAUCGGUCCCUGACUAGAGGACGAGACAGUGAUCCAUCGCUGACUAGAGGACGAGACAGUGAUCGGUCCCUGACUAGAGGACGAGACGGUGAUCGGUCGCUGACUAGAGGACGAGACGGUGAUCGGUCGCUGACUAGAGGACGAGACGGUGAUCGCUGA